AUGUACCGACGAGGAAGAACGUUGCGUCGCUAUGGACGCGACGAGUGGCAGCGCACGCCACUGUACGUCAAGGCGCUUGUAAUUGGGUCGGCGACGAUCGGCGGCUUAUACAUCGCCAGUCACGUCGAGACAAUGCCACACAACGGCCGCCGUCGCGUCAUGCUGCUCUCGCCCGCGUACGAAGAGCGAUUAGGUGAACGCGCGUACCGGGAGAUCCGAAGUAGCUCUCGACUGCUGCCGCCGUCGCAUCCGAUGGCGCGUGCAGUGGCGCGUGUUGGCCGCAAAAUCGUUGAAGAGACACAUGUGCCGUUUAUGCAGUGGACGUUCCAUGUCAUUGACGCCAAAGAGCCCAAUGCGUUUUGCCUUCCUGGCGGCAAAGUGUUUGUUCACUCGGGACUCUUCAAGGUACUACGCAAUGAGGACGCGCUCGCAGCGGUUAUGUUCCACGAAGCUGCGCAUGGCAUCGCGCGACACGGCGCAGAGAAGAUCUCGUUCAGUUUGCUCGUGUACGGACUUUUGGCGCUGCUUUUUCCGGACUAUGGCCAGAUUAGCGACCUGAUGGUAAAGCUGGCGGUGGAUCUGCCGUUCUCCCGCAAGUUGGAAUUGGAAGCCGACUCGAUCGGUCUGCGUCUCAUGGCCCAAGCGUGCUACGAUCCUCGCGCUAGCAUCCAAAUGAACACGUCGUUGGGGCAGCUGGACAAGGGCUCACAGUUCAAGUACUUCUCGACGCACCCACCCAGUGCAGAGCGAGUGCAGGCACUACGAGAGCAAUUGCACAGUGCGCUCGAUAUAUACGAGGCGUCUGACUGUGGGUCGCGGAAGAAAGACUUUGCCAAAGCGAUGGAACCAGCUUUUUCGCCUCGAGGCAAUGCCGCCAAUGUCUGGUAG